UAUAGCAAUAGUAUGUUGUAAAGAAUCUUUCUCUUAAAGAAUUUCUGUCCCACAGGGUAGCUCCAAAAUAACAAUAUGGAGAAUUCUUAUUAAUUAUGAAUGCUCGGCCUUGACAGUCUUAUUUCUAACUAGCGCUUAUAACUUAAUUUAACCUAUUUCUAUUACUCUGUCGCUGCCCUGUGACUCAUGGCUUUUACCUCUCCUCCUACUCUUGUACCUCAAUGCUGAUGACUUCACCCUGACAAUUACAGUGAGUGGGUGACAUUAGCUCCUCCUGGGAGCAUUAUUAAACUACAGAGUAAUAGCCAAAGUAGUUCAGACACCUCUUUAGUGUGUUUUUCCUCCUACAGCCCAUAUCUCAUGUAAGUUCUACUUUUAUUUCCCCUCAAAACAAUUUCUGAAGAGAAAGGACUGUUUUUAUCUUACUUGAUAUUUUACUGCUUUUACAGGAUAUGUUUGACUUAGACUAAAUAUUUUCAUUAAGUAGAUGAAUGAAUUGUGUCCAUGAGAGAAUUAAUCUUAAUAAAGGUAAAAAACAAGUGUUUGGAUUGUUUGACUGCAGGACCAACAGGAAAAGAAAUCACUCCUUAGAGGUGAUAAAGUCUCACCCAGACUUGGUCAUCCGCAUAAAAGAUGUGACUCUCGGCGAAGAAGAACGAAAUAAUAUGAACUCGGAGAAGAGAAUGCUGGAGAAGAAAAGAGUGACAAAGGCUGCCUAUGCUCUGUUAAACUCCGGAGGAGGAGUGAUUGAGAUACAAAUGGCCAAUAAGAGUGAGCAGCCCGUGGAGAUGGGACAGGAUUUGGAACAGGCUUUGAGAGAUCUUGUCCAGUCUUCUGAUUGGCAGGCUUUCUUUGAGACCCAGCAACGUGGGAACCAUUUUUACAUUUUUGUUAAAUCUUGGAGCUGUGGCUCUGAAGACAGUUCUGCUAAGCCUCGCAUUUGCACCGAAAAGUCUUCCUUGAAACGUAGAUGUGGAACUUCAGUGAUUGUCAUGAGUUCAACAGAUGCAUUCACAUUUCUAAAGGGUAAGAAGAGUGUCGGAUGUGGCCUAACUGAUGGAGGGGCUCCACCUGUUAAAAUUCCCAGAGUUAUGCGUCAGAACAUCCUUGAAACAAAUCCUGCUUUUGAAAUUUUCCAAAGUGAGAAACUCGAAUAUGGUCAAAUCUUGCCUUUUCCUGAAUCUAUACAAGUAGAGUUUAAAAAAUUCGAUACAGAUAAUGUUCAAAACAACAUUAAAGAUAUAAUUCCAGAGUAUGUCUCUGCAUUUGCAAACACCAGCGGAGGCUACCUUUUCAUUGGAGUGGAGGACAAGAGUAGGAAGGUCCUGGGAUGCCCAAAAGAAAAUGUUACCCGUGACUCUUUGGAAAGAGUGACAAAUGAAGCAAUAUCUAAGUUGCCAGUUUUCCAUUUUUCAUCAUCUUUAGAGAAGGUGUCUUAUAAGACCAGAGUCAUAGAUGUGUUUCACGAGGGGAAUUUGCAUGGUUAUCUCUUUGUGAUCAAAGUGGAGGCUUUCUGCUGUGCAGUGUUCUCAGAAGCUCCCAUUUCAUGGAUGGUAGACAAGGAGAAUGGUGUCAUCUACAGACUGACUACUAAGGAAUGGGUAGGCAUGAUGAUGGGUGCUGAUCCAGAGACAGCUUCCAAUCAGUCAUCUUCCCUCGGUAACCUGUGUGAAGAUUUUGAGUGUCAGCUGAGUCUCUCAGACAGCCCUCCACACUGCAGACCAGUGUAUUCUAAGAAAGGACUGGAGCAUAAAGUCGACCUCCAAAAGCGUUUAUUUCCAGGUAUGAACAGCUAGUUUUUCCAUUAGGAGAAAGAGACAAAUCGUUUAACACCUUUGCUAAAAAAGAAAUCAAAGAGAAUGCCUUGUGCAGCACCAAGUUUAUGAUGUAACAGCACUACAGACCUCUUGGGAAUAAGGGACAGGUACCAUGAAGUCAUGGAGAGCUCCCCCUUUUUGUUUUUCUCUUUAGGCCAGUGAGAAGGUCUUACUCCCGUUUAGGUCCUCACCUCAUAAUGUGAGGACCGAUCAAAGGAGGCCCAAAACUCCUGGUUCUCCUUCUCCCGUGCAAUGGAAUAAACUCCUGGGAGGUGCAAAGGCAGUACUCAGAGUAAAAAUGCGUACCUUCCUCAGUGCAAUGGAGAAUUUCUCCCUGAGAGUGCAAAGGCUAUGCAAGGAACAAACCUAUUGGCCUUUUAGGACAGAUAGCGGCUGCAAGUCCCGCAUUAGUCAAGGGACCCCCAUCUCUCUACAAGCCUUUAUCCAGGCAUCCAAUUUCUUGUGCCUGACCGGUGCUAUGGCUCUCUGACAUUCCUUGGUACUUUGUUCAAAAAUAAUCCGCUGCACAAAGGGCAAGGUGUGUUCAGAGCUGCCAAACGUUUUGUAACCAUACUUGGGGUGAAUCACCAUUCUUUAAAGCGGCUAAUGCUUGUAGAACCGCAACUUUAUCUCGAGAUGUCUGAGCUCGGAGGCAGCAUAUUAGCCAGAAGCAGAUUAUACAUCCUCCUAUGCAGCAUGCAAAAAACAUUGUACCAUUACUCACUUUGCACUUAUUAGUGGUGUAGGUAGCACAACUAAAGUUGCUCUGUCCAGCCUGCCCUCCCUGAAGUAACACAAAAGGGGGGGGUGAUCAGAGCAACUGCCAUUAACCCUGCAGAGGAGCCAUUUAUUAUAGGGCGUCAUUCUUUCAUCUUGACGGAGAAAAAAAAAACGGAAGUAAAAGAAUGCACCUGAGGGCUGGGGCCAUGCAGCUCGGGAGAGAAUGUGAAUAAGUGAGAAGGCCCCGCCCAGCCCACCAUGGCCGGCUGGCAAUCCGUCCAGGGCUGGACUACUCCCUCCUCAAAAGACCCCCAGCAAUGAGGAGCAAGCCGCGGCUGCAAAGGUGGCGAGGGGUCAGAAUUAUUAGCAGAUUUUAAAAAGGUUCCAUUGAACCAAAAGCCUGUAACAUGGGGAGGCCCAAAUCCUUGUUGGUAAUAAAAAAAGCGGGGGAAAACCGUGGCAUGUGGCGAACAGGAAUCGGCUUAGGGAAGGCAGACAGUAUUCCCCAUCUCUGCUCUGCCCGAAUCCGGAUUGUCAUCACCAUCAUUAUCAGGAAUGGCAGCGGCAUCAUCUUCAACCGGACCAUUGUAGAAAUAGGAGCGGCGGGGCUGCGUCCCCAGCACCCCAGCCACCUGGCUAGCUUAUGCCCGAAAUAACAACACACAAACUGUAUUCAUUUAAACACUGCUUGACCCAUUUCUAUCCAGCCUCUUCUAGGCUAAUUCUCAUAUAUUAAUUUAGCCCAUUUCUAAUCAUCUGUGUAAGCACCCCAAGGUGCACUUACCGGGAAGAUUCUAGCCUAAGUCCAUCCUGGGUCAGAGGAGCUUCAUUGCAUGCAUCUGCCCCGGAGAGCGGAGCAUGCCUCUCUGUCUGAGGCAUCUGGCUCUGAGAGGAGCUGCAUUACUUCUGACCUCACUUCCUCUUCCUCCCAGCAUUCUCUUCUGUUUACUCCACCCACCUAUGUUCUAACCAAUAAAAUGGGCCAAGCCAGUUUCUUUAUUAGCCAGUGACCUUCCUCCAUCAGACCAUGGCCUUCCUCCAUUGGCUGGGGAGCAAUUGAAUCAUCCUUAAUGGUUCUUGUCAGUCGGCAUGGAACCCAUUGAGGCACCUCUUGACCCUGGGAGACUCACUCACUGAUGUCUCUCUGAAUCCUCUUUGGCCCCUCACUCGGUACCAAAGCUUGUCCCAGCAUCCCGGGGUUUCGGCACCAGUUGCAGCACACUCCCUGACCAGCAGGGAAGGACGACCACGAGUCGAGGAUUCUUCUGCAAAUCACGCUUUAUUGGAGCCUCUUAGUUGAAGGGAGAAUGGA